UCAUAACAGUGGUGGAGGGGGCGGUGGAGGGGGAAGGACGCCGUUACUAGGUAACAGCAAUCUCUCAUCAGGUACAGCCAGUGCCGGCAACAACAGCAGCGGUAACACAACUUCUUUCACGCAUCUAACAACUCUCCAACCAUCUUCGUCGUCAACGCCGUCGCCUCUGGCACUUGGAGGAAAUACGACGGCGGAAGACGGCGGUGGUGGCAGCGGAAGUGUAUUGCAACAGUUGAGUCCUGCAGCGGACGACGAGAGGAACGAACAUAGAGGAAUGUACGCGACGACACCCACCUCGACACUUGAACAUCACCACCAUCAGCAUCACCAUCACCUGUCCGGGAUUCAUCACUCCGCGGGAUUCCAUCCGCACGACGCAGUCGCUGUCAGCAGUGGCUCGGCGCUUAUGCCCUCUCCGGCUACCAAUCUCACAAGUCCGAUGUUCUCCCGGGGCGCCAUCUAUCCUCCCCACGCCAUGCAGUAUCUAAAUACAAGCCAUGGAUCUGACGUCACAGUACAGAGUGCCACUUCUCAAAAUCUCUGGUCAACUCAAGUGUCGCUGGGUUCCACCGAGGACUACACAUCGAGUCCCAAGCACACACCAACUGCUCUUCCCGCAUUUUCUCAACGAUUCAGUUCAGCGUCGAGCGGGGUCACGGCGCAUGGUACAGUGUCGCUGCCAGGUUUCACGAGUAGCGGCAUGGCGCACCGGGCGUCUCCGUAUUCUCCCGCCCCGGCGCCGGCCCACACCCCGUCUCUCAAUUAUUUGAGUAACAGCCCCUCAGCGGACUCUUCGGUCAGCAAUACGGCGCUCUGGGGAAACUACGACACAGGGUCCACACUGCAGCAGUACGGGGUCGUGGCAUCGGGCAACUCUGCAGCGUCCAGGGGAAGAACGGCGUCUAUAUCGGCAGCUGCAUCGCUUACAGCUAUGGCGGCGUCGGAGACGGGGGAUUACUACAAAAACUUCUAUGGGUUUAAUGGGAUCACGCGAAGUCCACUGGAGGAAAAAUCCAACAGACGUUUGUCCGCCUCGCGGAGAUUGGGCAUGUCCUGCUCGAACUGCCAUACGGACAAGACGUCUCUUUGGCGGCGCAACUCAAUGGGCGAGCCGGUCUGCAACGCCUGCGGUCUGUACUACAAGUUGCACGGCGUCAACCGUCCACUGGCCAUGAAGAAGGACAGCAUUCAGACGAGGAAGAGGAAACCGAAAAGUGGAACCCCCAAGUCAGAAAAUUCUGGAGGCGGGGGUGGUGGAGGUGGGAGCUCCAACUCAGUGCAGCAAAGUCCGAGCUUGGUGAAGUUGGAACAGCUAGAUAGUUACGGAGACUGCUGCACAGGCGCUGCCCGCACGAAAAUCGGCGACGACAUCCUUAAACUCGAGCACAGCAGCCUUAACUUUCUGGGACACAGCACCGGCGGUACCAGCAGCACCGGCACUGUGACGUAUUCGAGCCUGUACAGUUCAACUUCUGCACAACCACAACAACAACCACAACCACUCCCACUCCACGUAACUUCGCCCCUGCAGUACCAUCAUUCUCCACAUCUCUACCAUCAGAGUGGUAGCGGAGGUACCGGAGUGUGUAGCCCACCCGUCAAUCACUAUUAUAACUUGAUCCAACAUCACAUGAACCACUCUGGCAGCCAGCACGUGACCACGACGAUAUCACCACCAAAAUCGGAGUGCCCAUCGCCUCCUGCAGCAGAAUUACAGGCUAACAGGUCGCCGGUUCUCAUGUCAUCUCACUCGCCUGGGGAAACAGCCCUCGGCCCAUCCCCUCACAUUGUCACCUUAGGCAACAGCAACAAUAACAAAGUGGUUGUCAUGGGCAACGGAGACAAUAUGGAUAGACCCACUGUAGUCUCCAUGUCAUCGUAGACGGACACGUGACAGUAUAAGUAACUGUUAGGCCGUCAAGCGCCCUAAAGUGUCUUGUGAGCGUAUUUCGAGGCUCUCUCCAGUUUGGGCGUUAAGUACAAUGGAUGCGCGCGAGGCGUGAAGGGCAUGUCGGUCCGGAGCGCAACAGAGGUACAUAUGUUUACAUCUGAAUGACGUAAUAAUUUCGGUUACAGUUCAAGGGUUGAGAUAUCAAACUCUGUGAACAGAUGUGGGCAAUAAUAAUACUGCCUUUGAAUGUUGGGUUCAUUCAAGGUCUUUAAAUUAUGUAGUGAUAUUAUUAAGUACCCUUUUUCGUAGCAGAGAAAGUGUUUAAUGAAUUAUAAACUAAUUCCACCGAGCAGUCUUCCUUCAGAAGUUGACAGUCGCUCAGAUAGUCAAGGAAUCCCCCCUUCUAUCAAUUCGGAAGGUUCAUUGCCGUGCAGACAUCAGCCCACCACUGGAACCCGUCUGUAGCCAGAUGGAUUUAGUCGAUACACUGGCAACCUGUGUUCUUAAAAUCGAUCUUCAUAUUUUCUUUAUAUCUAAGCUGAGCUCUAAGUAGUCUCGUCCCUUCACCGUAUCCCAUCAAAAUUUUGUGUGCUUUCCUCAACUCUUCCAUGCGUACUACAUGCAUUCCCAUGUAUGUAGCACGCAUGGGAGAGACGAUAAAUGCAAGCAGGGUUUUCAUGGGAUAGACAGAAGGAACGAGACCAAUAGGAAGAGCUUGACGUAGGUGGGAGGAUAUUAAUAAAUUUAACUUUUAGAAAUAGAAUG